AUGCCGCCCAAGAAGAGGAGCUCCUUCACUCAGUCCAAGAAGGGAGCCAAGCCCCGAAGCAGGUCCACAUCUCCUGUUCCACCACUAGUGUCUCCACCGCCGACUGCAGCACGACUACCAACCACCAGGCGUCAAGCCAGCCGAACUCCUCCACCAUCACCCGGCCAUGGCACCAACCGCCGCAGUCCACCCAAAACAAACAAGAAGAAUCGCCACAAGCCUCGCAAUGAACCUGCUGCAAGAACUCCAACUCCUCGCAAGGGUGCUGAAAAGCGCAAAGGGAUCUCACCACUUGACAAUGACAACCUUGUGGCCCGCUCGGCUGACCUCAUGGAUUCAUCUGACUCCACCGCUGAUGUUGACAGGAGGACUGCUGCUCGAGCUGAUCCACAAGCUACCUGGGACUUGAUUGGUGCCGACGAGGAACCAUCCAAGCCUGACGACGAGGACGAGGAGUUCGUCUACGAGGAUGAUCUUGACCUCCUGAGCGAAGAUGACCUGCUUGAAAAAGCCUUGGAAGAACUCGUUGAAGAGAGCAUCUUGGACGAAGAAGUUUACCGUCGAAUUGCGAUUGCCUAUGUCUACUACAAUGUAUUGGAUGCUCCUCCUAGAGAAGAGUGGCAAGGUAAAGGAGGGACAUAUGGAAAAAUCAAGCGAAUCCUCAAGGUUCCUUCUGGAACGAAGAUUGGUUACGUCUUGGAUGAUCUUCUUGAUUGCGAAGACAAGAAAUGCCGCUACACUGGCAAGCGCCAAGCUUUGGGUGAAACCCGUCCACCCAAGAUUCCGAAUGAUUCUCAGGAGGCUCAGAUCGUCGCGGAUCAUCUGGAGUUGACGGAUGAAGCUAAGGAGUUCAUGGAUUCGCAAGGCAAGGAUGGCAAUCGUCCUGAAUGGUUCUUGACGGAUAAAUUGACCAAGAUUGACCUUACCAAGUGGCAAAACCUUGCUAACGUCCAAAGAUUAUGCAAGCCGGAAGAAGAUGGAGAUUGCCCGAGUCAGGUCUUUGACUGGUGA